UCAAACACACACAGACAGAGAAGCAGACAGAUUCACCUGACAGAGGAUUGUACACAUAGACAGAUCAAAAUGAAGACCCUGUUCUUCCUAUCCUGCAUAGUAACAGUGGUCCUGGGACUUGCUCCAAACAGGGUUGUCCAGAGAGACCUUCUCCCAGCACAGGGCCAUGUGGUGCAGGAAGAUUCACAACCCCUGGUAGUGAAAAGAACUGAAUUCUGGCAGAUCGAACAGGACACAAACACAGAAUGGGUCCCCCUGGUGCAGGAGAAAGAAGCAGAAGUUCCCCUGGUGCAGGAGAAAGAAGCAGAAGUCCCUCUGGUGCAGGAGAAAGAAGCAGAAGUUCCCCUGGUGCAGGAGAAAGAAGCAGAAGUCCCUCUGGUGCAGGAGAAAGAAGCAGAAGUUCCCCUGGUGCAGGAGGAAGAAGCAGAAGUUCCCCUGGUGCAGGAGGAAGAAGCAGAAGUCCCUCUGGUGCAGGAGAAAGAAGCAGAAGUUCCCCUGGUGCAGGAGAAAGAAGCAGAAGUUCCCCUGGUGCAGGAGGAAGAAGCAGAAGUUCCCCUGGUGCAGGAGGAAGAAGCAGAAGUUCCCCUGGUGCAGGAGGAAGAAGCAGUAGUCCCCUUGGUGCAGGAGGAAGAAAAGGAAGCGGUGCCUGUGAUGGACCCAGGCCUAGAUAUGGAGCCAGCAGCAGAGCUGCAGCCAGAGGAAGAGGUUGAUCCUGAGAUGGAGGUGGAAGGGGAGUUGGAGAGAUCAGAAGUUGAAGAAGGUCCUAUCUUGGAGGAAGAAUCCCUGGGGGUUGAGGAGCCAAUGAUGGAGCUGGAGCCACUAGAAGAGGACAGUCUGGUUGGACAGGAUCUGACCAGUGAUGAGCUGCAACAAUCAGUUUUCCAAUAUGAAGUAGAGCAACAACCAAUCAUGGAGCUGGAACCGUUGCCAGAGGAGGGGCUCGGAAUGGAGAGGAAACCGUAUGUAAUGGAUGAAGAACCAAUCAUGGAGCUGGAACCAUUGCCAGAGGAGGGGCUUGGAAUGGACAGCGAACCACAUGUCAUCAUGGGUGAAGAACCAAUCAUGGAGCUGGAGCCUUUUGGCGGUCAUCCAGUCAUGGAAUACAAUGACAUCAUGGUUGAAGAGCCCAGGAUGGAACUGGAGCCAGAAAUACACAAAGUUCCUUAUUCAGCGACAGGUCGUCACUCUGUGAUGGUGGAGGAGCCGGUGAUGGAGUUGGAGCCCUUGGCAGGGGAGGAGUCACACCCUUCUCCAAUGAAGCGUGGGACUCCAGGAGUGGGAGGCCCUAUCCUCUUUGAGCAGUCAAUCAUGGGAGAGGGUCCAAUGAUGGACGGGGCUGCUCACGUACGGGUGGAGCCCGUGAGAGAGAGGAGGGCUUUGGGGGAGCGGGAGGCAAAGCACCACCAGGUAGACACCUAUAUCACAGGGAGGCGCUCCUGUCCUGGUGUGAUCUUGGGGGGUAAAUGCUACCAGUUCUUCCAAGGCCCUAAAAAGGCUGCAGAUGCUGAGUUCUUCUGCCAGAGCAAUUUCCCCCAGGGCCACCUGGCCUCCAUCACCAGCCAGCAGGUCCACAGGCAGGUGAUGGACCUGAUGCUCCAGCAGAACGGGGCAUACACACGCACCUGGGUGGGAGGACUGCGCUACCUGGAGACUGGUCGCUUCAUCUGGUUGGACGGAGCACACUGGACCUAUGAGGACUUCCUGGCUGGAGAACCCAAUAACACAGCAGAUGUUGAAAACUGUAUAGAGCUGCUGGCAAUUGGAAGUGGAAAGUUCAAUGACAUGCCCUGCUGGGACCUGAGGUCAUUCAUCUGCUCUCACCCAAUCUAGAGCUGAUAUCAGACCAGCAAAGGCUUCUCUACUCUGAUGGGAAAGCUCAGGUUGGAGUCAAGCUGACAGCAACGUGAUAGAACAGAACAUCAGGUUUGGGGAAGAUGAGGUUUAUUUUCUACAUUCUGUGAAGUAUUUUGUUUUGUAUGAUGUCUGUGUAAAAAUUUACAUUUGUUGACAACAGUAAAUAAAGAGGAUUUAUUAGAUA